GAACAGCUGAUAAAUAAGUUGUUUUUCGCCAAACUUUUAUAUCGGAUUAACCUGUUAUCAAAUGAAAAAAUAAAAUUAAUACAUUUAUGUUAUUUUUUGUUAUAAGUUGCAUUUGAGUGUUUGCUUAAAGUAUCGCAAAGAAACAAACAAAUAUGGAAGGUCUGUUUAAUUUUCUUAAGAGCCGACCAGUGUUUUGGGUUAGUGUUACCGGUUCCACGGUGGGAGUGGCUUGUUUUGUUAAGGAUUUAAUGCAAGGUGGCAAAUUUACCAAACCCACUAAAGCAGAUGGAAAAAUUGUAAUUGUAACCGGUUCGAAUACCGGCAUUGGCAAAGAAACUGUACGUGAGCUGGCGAAAAGAGGUGCCACAGUGUAUAUGGCCUGCCGAGAUAUGAAAAAAUGUGAAGAGGCCCGCGAAGAAAUUGUCUUGGAAACAAGAAACAAAUACGUCUAUUGUCGUGAAUGUGAUUUAGCGUCAUUAGAUUCCAUAAGAAAAUUUGCGGAAAAGUUCAAAUCUGAACAAAAUCGUUUGGACAUACUUAUAAAUAAUGCCGGUGUUAUGCGUUGUCCUCGUUCCUUAACCAAAGAAGGCUUUGAAUUGCAAUUGGGUGUCAAUCACAUGGGUCAUUUCUUAUUGACAAAUCUUUUAUUAAAUGAACUAAAAAAAGCAGCCCCUAGUCGCAUUGUUGUAGUUUCCAGUAUGGCCCAUACAAGAGGCGAAAUAAACAUUGGUGAUUUGAAUAGUGAAAAGUCGUAUGAUGAGGGCAAGGCAUACAAUCAAAGUAAAUUGGCAAAUGUUUUGUUUACCAGGGAGUUGGCCAAAAGACUUGAAGGUUCCGGUGUCACUGUAAAUGCUCUACAUCCUGGUGUUGUGGAUACAGAACUCUUCCGCCAUAUGGGCUUUUUUAAUUCAUUCUUUGCUAGUUUGAUUUUUAAACCUCUAUCUUGGCCUUUUCUUAAGACUACUGCAAAUGGUGCCCAGACUACUUUAUACGCCGCCCUAGAUGAGGACCUCAACACAGUCAGUGGUCAAUAUUUUAGCGAUUGCGAUUUGAAGGAUGUGGCACCACAAGCCAAAGAUGAUGCCUUGGCCAAAUGGCUAUGGGCAGUAAGUGAAAAAUGGACGAAAUUGACGCAUUAGUACUGUUAUGUUAGCAGGCAUGCUUCCAAAUUGUUUCUAUACAUAUGUAUGUAUGUUUUUCUAAAAUAUGUUAAGCAUUUUAAAAAUAAAAUUUUAUUUAUGAAAAGA